UCAACCAUGUAUCCAACCUUGACAAGCUGGGCUAUUCAGUUGCAGAGGUCAUUUGUUGUUUACGCCUUGCAGUGGUACAUCCAGCCAAGGAGAUUCGCGGAGCGGGGUUGAGGGCGCUUCGCCAUCUUAUCCAGGAUGAGACCACAGUCCAGGCCAUGCUGGCCCUCCAUGUUGAUCGUCUUCUCAUGCGAUCUUUGGACAUUUAUCAGCGGAACGAUGUAGAGAGGAUACAGGCUCUUAGAUUUAUCAGAAGGAUUCUUGCCGUCGCCCCCGCCUACUGCCCAGUCUCGCUAGUCCAUGUCUUGGUUGCCAUUAGCAACAGCGAUGACAAGGAACGGGAUCGGAUGAGGAACGCAUGCGUAGCGACACUCUGUGAACUUGCUGUUCUUAAUCCUGCUGCCUUUGCCCAUGCUCGAGGACUAGGAGCCCUGGUGCGUAACAUCCUAGACAUGCAGCUCUUGAGGAUCAACGAAGCCGUCAUGUUGACCCUUCUACAUCUCCUCAAUCACCCGGCAAGCAGGAGGUUCAUCAGGUUCAAAGUCGACAUUGAGCAAGUAAUAGCUCCGUUCACAGACUUCAACUAUAGACAUACUGGAGAUUCAUCUGAAUCUCAAGCAAGUGAGAAAGAUGGUCUAUACCAAGCCAGUAGGAUGGCUAUUGUUACUCUGCUUAGAUCUUGGCCUGGUAUGAUACGGCUAUGUAGAUCUGAUGCCACUGGGUUACAGUCCCUCCUUGCCAUCCUGUGUGUACACAAUGAUGAAAACAGACGAUACCUGCUAGAAGUGCUGUAUGACAUCUUUUACCUGCCAAUUCCUGAAUGGACAGAGGACUUUGCCACAGCUCUACAGAGUAUAGAUUCUUGCCAAAUGAAAAGUUCCUGGAACCUCACAGAAGGUUUUGUUGUUGCUGAAGCUCUGGACCUGCUUCCAAACAGGGCCAUCACUAGACCAAACCUGACAGAGAACCACUUAGCCCUGCUCCUACUUGCCUUUAUUAAUGCUGGUCUACUAGAGAGUCUCGUUGAGGUGGUGACAUCUGACAAUGCUAAUCUGUCCAUCCAAGCUACCAUUUUGCUUGGUGAAUUGUUAUAUAUGGCGGACAAGAUACUACCUCCAGAAUGUGAACAACAUCAUCACUGCCUACCAACACUCAUGACACUUGCUGCAUCUUUUGAUGUGCCACUACUUCAGAGAAAUCGUGCGAGUGCUGCGGUGACAAAUCUCGAGCGGCAUCACGAGAUGAAGAAACGAGGGCUAAUACCGUGCAGCCUCUAUCUUGACCACAUCCUCAGCAACUCAGACAUGUUUGUCACCCAGAGGGUGGUAGCCGAUAAGAGCAAGGAUGUACCGGUGGUAUCAAGGUCGCGAAGCAGAUCGUUCUCCUCACCCUUGGGAAAGUCAUCGUCCUGGGACAAGAUAUCAAAUCGGUCAACGCAGGAGAAUGAGGAUUCUGCAGUUCAGACAAUGAUCAAGGAAACCUUGGUCCUGACGACCAAAGACUACUCCGUCUGGAACUGGGAACUCAUUGGUGGAGCAAUCAAGAAAGGAGGGGUGACUUUGAAGAAAUUUGAGGAUGCUAAUGUGAACAGAUUUUUUCGUCGGUUGGUUGAGUUCUACAAACCGAUGAGUAAGCAGUACUCUGUGAUCAGUCUCGGGCAGGAACUGGGCCGAUCUAGUGAAAUACAAAGCUAUACCAUCAUUGGAUGUCAGCUACUCAACUUUCUUCUGAAUUGUGAUGAAACUGAUGCAGAGAAGCUCCUCAUGGAGCUAGCCGUGGAUAUUGGAGAUUGUCUCCUUGAGAUCAGCAUGGCUCCUCGUAACGAGCUCCCUCCGCAGGCAGUCUUCAGCCCAUCAAGUAUACAGACCACACUCAGUCAGGAUUACUUUCUACUGGUUGGAAAGCUUUCAAAGACCCAUGAGGGGGAGAAGAUACUGGAGAAAGCUGGUGUCUUUCAAUAUCUUUUGGAGGUGUGUUCAAUGCCUCAUCAUGAGACAUUACAGAAGCUUGUUGUUACCUGUCUGGAUUACAAGAGAGAUGGACUGGCUAGAACUGUUCUGGGAAAGAUGCUUGCAGGAUCUUCAGAGUCAAUGAGGAUAUACGCCACCAAUCACCUGCGUGUGUUGCUACGAGCUCAGACACCAUUCUUCCAUACAUGGGGUGUGGAGCUUCUCAUCACCCAGCUCCACGACAAAGCUCGUACUAUCAGCAAUCUAGCUGUGGACAUCUUGGAUGAAGCGUGUGAAGAUGAUGCUAAUCUGCAUAGUCUAGUUCACAUGAGACCUCCACUGCUGCAUAUGGGGGAUAAGGGUGCUCUGUUAUUGACUAGGUUCAUCUCCACAACCAAAGGCUUCAAGUACCUCCAUGACGUCAACUACGUCUCCCACGAGCUUGAGCGAUGGUACACCUACUUCAACCGCAAGUAUGUGACCCUGAUAGAGACAGAAAUCAACGAGGCUUUCACCUGCUACCAUCGUCCUCAGGUCUCCGGUGGGUUCAUCAGGAGAUCAAAGGACGAAAGAAGACAGAGGAAAGAUGUCUAUGUCCCGGUGCAUCUCUACGGUCAGCUGGCUAAGCAUAGAGUCGGCUGUGAGCUCAUAGAGAAACAGAAUCACAUUGCAGAGAUGUGUGAGGUUAUUCGCUUUGGAGAUGUUGAGAACAUGGACUCCAUUCUCAAUCUAAAAGCUUCAUUAUGGGCAUUGGGUCAUACUGGUAGCACAACAUGGGGUCUGAAGCUACUCCAACAAGAGGGGAUCAUCCCUGAUAUCAUCAGAUUAGCAGAGGAAUGUGAGGUCUUCUCUAUACGAGGGACCUGCUUCUAUGUGCUAGGCCUGAUCAGUAAAACGAGACAAGGAGCUGACAGUUUGAGCAGUCUGGGUUGGGAGAGCAUCCGUCACUGCCGCGGUGAUUACUUCCCAGUGAUGGAAGAUAGAGACCGAGAUAAUGUAUCCAACAAUCUCCCCAUCCCUUUGGAGGAGUACAACCACAACCAUCGGGAUCUCUCCUCUCCAGUUAGUUUACCCAGCUUCAGCCCUUACACAGUGGAAAGCCCUAAGACUCCGGGAGACAGCAGCACGCCAAAGGUCGACCCCAAUGUCAAGUUCUUUGCAGGGGAACCUAGCCCUGUACAGAGUCCUCUUACACCGGGAGGACCACCAAAUUUCUUUUUGGAGGUGACUGGAGACACAAACUCUGGAGGGGAUGCGAAGGCGCAUCCAGCCACCGAGGAGCGAUCAACAUCACCCAGCCCUCUGAUUAGACUCGGUAAGAGAGAUCGAACGAAUUCAGCCACAGAGCAGCUACCAGGAAUCAAUGAGGUGUCCGACGGAGGCAGGACAGUCGUUGUUGAUAGGGCCUCAAGGACACCAUUAUUGCGUAGAGCACAAACAAUGCCUACAAUAGAGGGCCAGGAUGACGAUGAGCCUCCCCCCUUCGAUUCAGUGAUCACCAAAUUACGCAGCAAUAGCGACGCCAGCUCAAGGAUGUGUAAGGACAGAAGCUCGGAAGGUGUGAGGUUUAAUCAGGACGUGCACGAGAGAUCGCGAGCGCAGUCCCGCGACAGGAGCCACAGCCUGAAGCGCCGCUGCGACAGUAACGAGAGCGGCAACAGCAGCAUGGGGACCAAAAGCCGGAGCGAGAGCUUUGCCACAGACACAUCUCAGACCAGCGGUGUUGGUUCCAUGCAUUCCAAUCCCUCGAGUCCCCCCGUCGAAUCCUCUAUGUCGAGCGUAAGCACCGUCUCCAGCUCAAUGACUGUUAAGAGUAUCCAUUCCUCAGAUACACUCCGUAAGAGGCACAAUCUCAAAAGGACUCCCAGCUUUGUCAGGAGGAUAUCCAAGACUCUGUCUCCGAACCUCAGCUCCUAUUCCAAUCUUUUUGAGACUAGUGCCGCUUUCACCUCUGUGCGGGAUGCUCACGGUUACGCGACUUUGAAAGCUCUGAAGCUGCAACACAGACAGCUAAGCAGAGGAGAGGAUGAUAGCAUUAUUAAGAGAGCAUCUUCAUUUGGUAAUCCCAAUGAGAUGAAGUUACGGAGAGGAGUAUCAGGAAUGGUAGAAAGUGUGAGCAUGAGCUGUCUAGAGAGGGCGUCUGUGGUAUCGAAAGCACCAUCUGUGAAGUCACUUCACUCUAGUUCAUCAUCCAGCAGUAAGACUGAAUACACUGGUCUCUGCUUACCUGUAGAUGUCACACUCAUAUUCCAUUCUGAUGAAAGUCAAUACAAGGACGGUCACAGCACCCCCGCGAGUCACGCCGUAUCCCCAGCCACCAUGACGGACAUCCACAUACCUCAGGUCCAGGUUUACAGUCCAGACUCGGGAUCCACGUCCCAAAGCAAUGCUCCACCUCAAACGCUGGAAUCACCACCCAGCCACCCCUCAGACCAACAUGGUACAGACCAACAGCAAACACUGAGCAUGGGAGAUGCAGACUAUUCCAAUUUGAGAAUAGGGGAGGAGGAUGCCUCAGAAGUAGAGGAAGAGGUGCAAGUGGAUAAUAAUCUGCAUCAGAUUGAGCACUGUCUAGCUUGUACGAAGGUCAGGACAAGGUCGUUGGAGAGCCAAGAUGGCGAUUCAAUCCCUCACCCCGAUGACCCUGCCUCUCUGGUCAUCUUCCAGCCUGUUGAUCCUCCUCAGCCCCUCCUCAUUCGUUCCCGUGGCAACAGCUCGGCCAGCGCCAGCAACCCGUUCGGUAGCAGCAGCUUGGACAAUACCACCCCGACCAGCGUGGGUAGCACCGGGACCAGCGUCUCGCAGUCGAGUCAAGGAGCUGUCCGGAUGCGUGACGAUACUUCCAAGGGAAGGGAGAUGAUCAGGAGGGAGGUCAUCCGAUUGGUGAUUAAGAUGAGUAGCUCGGUGGGCAUGAAGGCACACGAAGAAGGAUUGCUGGGAUUACGUGAGAAGUUUCCUCGAGCCUUUGAGAGGACAUGUUUAUUCUCUGAUGUAAUGAAUCUAUUAGCAACCAGUAGCUACAGACUCACUUCUAGGAGGUUCAUUCAGGAACUCUUCCAAGAGGUUCAUUUUCACGAGCUCCACCACGAAGCAGAGAGAAUUCUUGGCCUGGAAGAAAGCAGCGAUACGCCAUCCACCUCCUCGGGAUCCUGACAUUUGACCUCCGACCUUUGACCUAUCAAUUUACUUGACCAAUGUAGACAGAAAUGUUGUGCUACUGCAAUCAGUUCCUCAAGUUUUCUAGUCAUCGAGUAAACAAAAAUCAUGUGCAAUAAUUUUAAGUGAACUUUCUGCAAAUGUUUCCUUCAGAAUGGAUCUAGAAUUUUAUUGAUACAGUAAAUCAUAGAAUAGGAUUUUACUUUACGAGGAG